AUGAUUAUGGAUAAUGUCUCACUGAUAACGGUGUUUAGUCUUUCUGGGUUGAAUGAGGUCACAAACUACAGAGUGGUUCUCUUUAGCUCCACCUUGCUUUGUUAUUGCUUGAUACUAACCAUCAACUGCGCUCUGAUUCUCACCAUUGUCCUGGACAAAAGCCUGCAUGAGCCCAUGUACAUUUUGUUGUGUUGCCUCUGCAUUAACGGGAUUUACGGCACCACUGGCUUCUACCCCAAAUUCCUCCUGGACCUGUUGUCUUCGUCUCACGUCAUCUCCUACAACGGGUGUCUCGUGCAGGCCUUUGUGAUGUUUUCGUUUGCCUGCAGCGACCUGUCCAUUCUCUCUGUCAUGUCCUACGAUAGAUACCUGGCUAUCUGUAGGCCCCUGCACUACAACCGCUAUAUGAACAAGCACAGGCUGUCCCUGCUGAUCUUCUUCUCCUGGUUGAUCCCUUUCAGCUUUCUGGCCGUCUGCAUUAUUCUUACCUCCCGGCUCACGCUGUGCAGCGCCAAGAUCCAGCGACUGUACUGCGUGAAUUGGGUCAUCGUGUUGCUGGCGUGCCCGUCGAACAACACCACACCGAACAGCAUUGUGGUGUAUCUCACCAUACUGGUGUAUGUUUUCCACGGGCUGCUGAUCGUCUGGUCCUACAUGUACCUGGUGAGGACGUGUCGGGGCUCCAUCGAGAACAGGAAGAAGUUCAUGCAGACCUGUGUGCCCCAUCUCACCUGCAUGCUCAUCUUCUUGUCCACCAUCGUCUUUGAUAUCAUGUAUAUGCACUUUGGAUCCAAAAACAUCGCUCAGUCGCUGAAGAACUUCAUUGCCAUAGUGUUCCUAUUUAUAUCCCCGAUCAUGAACCCCGUCAUAUAUGGAUUCAAACUGUCCAAAGUACGCAACAAGAUAAUUUUUUAUUUAAAUGUUUACAGGAAAUACUCAUGACUGAGUGUUCAAGACAAUAAUCAUGGUAGAAAUACAAUUAGAUUGGUCUAUAUCUGUUUAUUUACACCAUAAUGUAAAGUGUAGUAUCGUUUACUACAAAGAGGAGAGGUGAUACCACAAAAUUGCUUGAACAUAUCACACCACACAUUUCCUUUGCUUGCCUUUUGCUUGUCGCAGGGUAAACCUUUUACCUGGUUAUUUAUUCCCUGUCUCAAUGUCUCUCUAGAUAGCAAAGAGUACGUGUUUGGGACAGACACACAAACAGAAACAGAAAAAACAUACAAUAUAACAACCAUACACCAAAAUCUAAUUAUUUUAUUUAUUAAAAGACCUCUUGUGAAAUGUAUCGCUCAAUCGAAUGUGACUGUCUCUAUUGGCUUUGGUUUUCACUUAAUAUUACAGAAUGUUAUGUUCACAUUAAGUAUAAAUACUUUUCUUCCUUUGCACUGUUCGGUCCACAGUUGCUGCUAGCAAACCUGCAUUACCCUUAGGGGAUUAAUAAAGUGUUAUCUAUGUAUUUAUUUAUUGCAAGGCGGUAAAAUUAGAACAUUGGAUUAAAAAAUGUAUAAUCCUGAUUUAAGGUUAAAAACAAACUUGACAUAAGCUUCUCAAGAUGCUGUCCCCACAUGUAGCAAUUUUAAAUAAAAAAAUUGGAAAAUCUUAACAUGAUUUAAAAAAUAUUAUAUGCAUUGAUUUCACAGAUUCAACCACCUUUGUAACGCUAAAAGGGACUACAUGUAGCUCAUUUAAAUGCAUAAACUGCUUUACAUUUCCAAUAUUUGAACAGGUUGUAAUUCUUCCAAAAAUGACACCUUCCCACAAUCUCUGGUAUUGAUCAACAUGUCGUUUUAUUUCCAUUAUAUUUUAAACUUGCAGUUUUUGGCACGUUUUGGCAUGGACUCUUGCCGUACCGCCCUCUCGCCUCAGUUGUUGUUGGGCAGGCGGCAGCAGCACCACACGUGCUGCAGCGGUUGGCUCCCCUGCUGAUUCCCUUCCCUGGGGGGUUGGCAGCCCUGGCUGUCAGCGCCAGCAAACUUGAGGGACUAUGUGUUGGGUGAUGGGGAUGUUGGGGAGGACUGACCCCUCAGGUGGGGGCUUUGAUCCGGAAGGAUUUGUUGCCUCAGGGACUCCUGGGACAGAUCGGUUUGCACUUCUAUUUGCAGGGCCUGGCACUCCAUCACUAAACCUCACUGGAACCAACUAAGGUUAAAGCACCUUACUUCAAAUUGCAAGUUUUUUCUUUGCGUUGGCAUAUGAAGUAGGCUACCCUACCUGUAUACCCAUGAUGGUUCUUUAAAGCUUUA